AUGUCCAAUCAAGACUUUCAUGAUGACACUUACGUUGAAUUGAGAAGUAUCUACAAAUACCACAUUGAUUCGUAUAUUACAUUGUAUCAGUUAAAAACGGAAAAAGAAGAAGAAUUAAGAGAGAUUUAUAAGAUGAUCAAAACAGAACUGAUUGAUUCAAAGAAAUAUCGCCCAGAAUAUAUUGUAAAGGAAAUUUUGUGCAUUAUUCCGUUUAAUAACCGCUAUUCAAACUCAUACUUAAAACUUGCAAAAUUCAUUUUCGAUGAUUAUCAUGUAAUAAGGGUAACAGAUCUUCAAACUAUUCCUAACUACUUGUUUUAUAAAGAAUAUGGAAUUAAAUUAGACAGAACUCGUGGUUUUGGAGAAAUUGAAUUAGAAGAUUUCGAUAUUCAUUCAGGAAAUACAAUUUACAGAACAAUUAUGUAUAACAACAAAGAAAAAUUCAUUGUAUUUACGGAAAGCGAAGAAUUUGAUGAAGAUCAAAAACUUGUCAGUAGUUUAUAUCCAUAUUCUAAAAAAGGAUAUUCAUUACUUGAAUUAUGUUGCUACCAUGGAGCAGUUGAUUGUUUCAAGUUAUUAAGAACGAAAUUUGACUCAGAAAUAACUAAAAAAUGUCUAAGGUUAUCAUUUUUAGGAAGAAAUCCAGAGAUCAUGAGUGAAUGUUUGAAACAUCAAAACCCAGACAAAAAAUGCAUGAUUUAUGCAAUUAUUUCACACAACAUUGAUUUUGUUACAUUUUUGAUGAAUGAAUAUAAUAUAGAAAUUGAUAUAAAAUCUUUCCUGAUUUAUAAUAAUCUUGAUUCAUUUCUAGUUUAUUUCGAUCAAACAACUGAUAUUAACCAAUGUUUCGUUUAUUCAACAAUGUUUAAUAUUUCAUCAAUUUGGGAAAAUUUCCUUUCACAUGGAGCGAAUAUUAAUGCAAAAGACAAAUAUGGCGAAACAGCACUUCAUUAUGCAGCAUUAAAUAAUAAUUAA